UUACGUCACUGGACAGCCGUGAGUCUCGCUGUAGUGUGAUGCGCUACGUCCAGUCGAGCUGCUGUAAUCUUGUGGGCGAUACGAUUACAAGACAAAAAGGAUUUUAAAGGAAUAUAGUGCACGAAAUACAAGAAGAUUAGCGUUAUGACAUUGCUGGUUAACAACACACGUUUUAUGGGUUAUAAACCGCUGGUUACGUCAGGUUAAAUUAGAAGCUCAUGCUCGCGGUCAGUCAGUUCACGUUGGUUUUUGGCGCGUUAGUUUAUCUAAUCUGUGGUGAUAAAAGCGUUUGACUUCUCUACCGACAGCAAAUGUCUGACAAGCAUGUGUUAGUGGUGGAGUCAGAGUAAAGCUGUGUAAAUGCGAGCGUGUACUACUGGAGAUUAAAGCAGUAUGGCAUCGUGGAGGAUCGCGUUCAUCGCUUUAUUGUGGGAGUUCCAUUGUUGUGUUUGCCGUGACGUUUUUGUCCCGCCCGGUCCACUGUACCGAGUAGCCGGGUUCCCUAUGUCCCUGCCCUGUACCGUUUCAGCAUACGAAGGCUCACGGACUCAGGACUUUGAGUGGUCCCUGUACCGGGAGGAUGCCAAGGGUCAGCAGAUGCAUGUGGUGUCCACACGAGAUACCGAGUUCCCGUACGCUCCCUUCCAGCCUCGUGUACGAUCGGGCGAGGUUCGGGUGGAGAGGGACUCGGGCGACAAAGUCAGACUGAUAAUCCAGAGGCUCCGCCCAGAGGACCAGGGUCGUUACGAAUGUUACACGCCCAGCACUGACUCCCGCUACCUGGGGAACUACAGUUCAUCAGUGGUGGUCAAAGUGAUUCCAGAUACUCUGCUCAUAACACACUCGCGCAUCCUGAGCGGCCAGCCAAUGAUCGAGGGGGCGGAGCUUCAGCUGACCUGCAUGGCCUCCGUCCAAUCGGAGCAGCACACUCACGUGGCGGUCACGUUUGGCAUGCGAAGCAGCAAGGGGACGGAGUCCGCAGGCCACAACCUUCGAGAAAUCAUCGCCUUGGAUCGCGAGCUGCACGUGACUCCGGGGCAAGGUGGAUCGUAUGAAAGGAGAUAUAAAGACGGAGAAAUCGCUCUGGAAAAGAUAAACGGAGAUGGAGGAAGGGAUCUCUACGUGCUGAAGAUUAGUGCGCUGACACCGGACGAUUCGGGAGUGUAUUUUUGCGAAGCCGUGCAGUGGAUCAGAGACCCACAGGGCACAUGGGAACGCAUCGCUCAGAGAACCAUGGAGAUGGGAAAUCUCAUCGUUCAACCUCUCGCGGAAACGCUCACCGUACGUUCGAGACCAGAAGGCGUUGUAUCGCUGCAGACCGGCGCCCCACUCACGCUCACCUGUAAGGUGUCUGGCGUGGGCUUGUGGAACCGCUCGGCGCUCCGCGUCCAGUGGAUGCGGCGCGGGCGGACAGGGGGAACGGAGGUGGAGGUGGCACGCAUGGGUACUGACGGUGUCGUGAGCUGGGGCGAUGAUGUCAGCAGGGCGGGGGGAGGCAGUAUGGAGAAGGAGGCAGACGGGAGUUUCUCUCUGCGCCUGUUUUCUGUUCACCCCGUUGAUGCCGGACUCUACCGGUGCGCCGUGAGCGUGUACGCCGGGCGACUAACGCCAGGACCAUCGAGCCCUGCUACCAUAACUCAGAGGUCUGAUUGGGUCACUGUAAACUUGAAGACUGAAGAUGUCCGUGUAUCCGCCACCAUUGAUCUGCUCCAUCGACCGCUGCUGAAACGAGGUAGUACGGUCAUCCUGCUCUGCAACGUUUCUGUGCUGACCACCGGUCCUUUCCAGGUGGAAGUGAAGUGGUUUCAGAAGGCAGAAGAUCCCGAGAGAAACAACAUCCCGUUGUCAGAGGACAGCAGAGGUCGCGCCCUGGCGACACUGACCUACUCCGGUCUGGCACAGAUCCACAGUAACAGCAGUGAACUGAGCGUCGAUCGCGUGUCCACGAGUUUUUACAGGCUGAGAAUAUUCUCGGCCCAUGAUGAGGAUCAGGGUCACUAUCGGUGUCAAGUGGAGGUUUGGUCACAGGACCCACACGGCGGAUGGUACAACACAGGCGGCAGAGCGGAGUCUGAGACCGUACACCUGUACCUAUAUGCACGAGUUGCUGAUCUGCUGCUCAUUCCCCUGGUGAUCGGCGUCUCGUCUGCGUUGUUUAUUGGCGUGAUGAUCAUCGCAGCUGUGACGUGUUGCUUCAUGAGGAGACUCGCCAAACAACGCUCUAAAACAAGGAAGUAGGAAACUCAUGCAAAAGAACAUUCAGUGACACAAUACUUUGAUUGAAAUGUGCACUCAAAACGGCACUGCUUUCACGCUUAUUCAUGUGUGCAUGACACACAAAUGCAUGUGUAGACCCACACAAGGUGUGGUGUUGUUAUUAAGCUCCACUUUUAGCAAAUGUUGUAUGCGCAUCUGUUCGGGAAGGAAAGACUUGUGUGCUGGAUAUAAAUAUCUGCUAAACAGUAAAGAUACACAAACAUGAAAUGUGAGUUUACAGUAGAUUCUCUCUCUUGUGUAUAUGACAGUAUAUGUCAUGCCAUAGUUUAUCAUUGUUUGUUUUUGUAUUGGUAAUGAAAUGCACCUUAUCAGUGAAGUCCACUGCAGUGUGACCCAAACCUUCUCUAAUGUUCACUCAGAUUUACUUCAUUAUAAACACAGACAUGUCUGGGUCAUAUUUUCAGCCAAAAUUACAUUAUAUUUGAUAAUUAUAUACUGCAUUAUAUUUUUGCAAAAAAUAUUCUUCUUAUUACUGCAGUAUGAUAAAAACAUUCAGUUGUUUAUUUAAUAAUAUUAUUGUUAUUAUUAAACAGCAUAAAUUACAUUUCGGUACAGCAAAUACCACAAUUGUUUAAAUUGUAGUUUACUAAUGUACACGUUUUUUUAUCAUUUACACAAAUUUUGGUUUGUGUGUUUUGGUUGUAAUACAAUAGAAAAUAAUCGUAAUGUUUUUUAUUUGAACUGCACAUUAAGAUUUUCCUGAGUACAAUACAAAUGUGAUCAAAGGGAUCAGAACCACUGAGAUAUAAGGUCCAAAAAAGCUAUUCAGAGGUUUACAUCUAAUGUUUACACGUUAAAGACACAACGCUGAGAGAAACUGGGAUGACUUGAAUGUCUGUAUCUCAUUUAGUUGUUACAUUGUUACAGAGCUAAAAAAAAAACCAUCCUGAUGUUCAUUUUGUCUUUUUUAUGUUUCCUGAAACAUCCUCUGAUUUGUCACUUUAUAUCAAGUUAGAGGUACAGUUUAUACAAUAUUGACACAAAAAAAAAUUUUGUUUUAUACAAUGUGUUAAGAUCAGUUUAUUUAUAACCCAAUCAUCGGUGUAUAUAGAUAUUGCGUGUUGUUUUUGCUGAAUCAUUCAUCUGAUUGUUGUGUAAGAUUGCAGUAAUGUGAUCUUCAUUUGCUGAUGUUAAAGACACAUUAACUGUGAAAUAAAGGACUGUGUGCUUUCUGUUCUUA